AUGGCAUCUAUCAGAAAAAAGCUAGUGAUCGUCGGAGACGGCAUGUGCGGUAAGACGUGUCUCCUGAUCGUCUUCAGCCAAGGUCUGCUUCCGGAGGCGUGUCUGCACCCCACCUUCGAGAACUACGUCACCGUCAUCGACGUCCAGGUCGAACUGGCCUUAUGGGACACGGCGGGUCAGGAGGACCAUGACCGGUUGCGACCUCUGUCGUACCAGGACAGAGACGUUGUCUUGACGUGCUUGAGCAUCGACUCACCCGACUUCCUGAACAACAACACGAAGUCGGGAAGGACGGAAGUGCACCACUCCAGCCCCAGUGCGCACAUCAUCCUUGCGGGGAAGACUAACAUUCGCAGCGACUUGCUCACGCUGCCCGAUCCGUCAAUGAAGAAGCAGAAGAACGCGGCGCCUGAGGAAGGGCGCGCCAUAUACGUGGGGUACCGCUGCCUACGGCGCACCUGGAGUGCUCCGCCAUGA